AUGCUACGGCAGCGCGAUGAGAAGAUCGGUCUCCAGCUAGACAAGCUACUCCAGAAGGUUGGACCAAAGCUGAAGAAGGAGGCCACGGGGAUGCUUGUGGAUGAUGCUGGAGAGCAACUACCAGGCGACUUGCCGGCCUGGGCAGCCUGGCCUCGAGCGCGGUCUCUGCGCCUCGAGGCCUUGGCGGAGGAGUCGGAGGUUCCUAUCUACUGGGACCCGCCGGUGGUGAGCAAGUGCCGGAUGACCACCGAUUGCCCUAUGGAAGGGGUUCUGCUGCACGCUGAGGCCGAGCUCUCGGGCUGCGAUGCCUCGAGCUGCGGCUAG